AUGCAACUUCCACGUGACCAGUGGAUGUACAUCGAAAAGUCAAGUCAGCUCUACAAAAACUCACCGUUCUUGGACGAAGAUGGUGUCAUCAGAAUGGAAGGAAGGACGUGCUCAGCAGCCUUUGUAGCGUGGGGUACCCGUUUCCCUGUCAUAUUGCCAAGAAGCCACGAAAUAACGACGAAGAUAUUGGCAGAUUAUCAUGUUCGAUUCGGACAUGGUUCGAAGGAAAUCAUCGUAAACGAAGUACGUCAAGCGUUUUUCGUUCCGAAACUACGGACAGCUGUGGCCGAGGUUAUUCGUAAUUGUUUGAAAUGUCGGCUACGGAAAAGUAAGCCGGUUCUACCUCGUAUGGCGCCACUUCCUAUUCAACGUUUGCAGCCCUAUGUCAGAGCCUUUAGCUACGUAGGACUUGAUUACUUCGGGCCGAUCGAUGUCACCGUAGGUAGGCACAAGGAGAAGCGUUACGUAGCACUAUUUACGUGCCUAGUUGUACGGGCCGUCCACUGUGAGGUAGCAUAUAGCCUAAGCUCUGAAUCUUGCAAGCAAGCUAUCAGACGUUUCAUUCGGAGACGUGGUUCUCCAGUUCACAUUUUUUCGGACAAUGGAACCAAUUUCCAAGGGGUCAGUCGGGAGCUUCGGAAAGAGUUGGAAAGAAUCGAUCGAGACUGCGCCAACACGUUUACCGAUGCUAGAACUAAGUGGACCUUCAACCCGCCAUCUGCUCCUCAUAUGGGCGGCGUGUGGGAGCGAAUGGUGAGAUCUGUCAAAGCCGCAAUGGAGAUGCUUAAUGACGGUCGUCGAAUGAACGACGAAAUUCUGGCGACCACUUUAGCGGAAGCAGAGUAUUUGGUUAAUUCCCGACCACUGACGUAUGCGGGAACAGAAGAUAAUGAAAUGGAUGCAAUUACACCAAACCAUUUCCUUCUCGGCAGUACCUCUGGACAACACGAACCGUACAAGGUUACAAUUACUAUGGCAGACGAGCUAAGGAGCAGCUACAAGCGGUCUAUGUCACUGGCGAAUGCGUUCUGGAAUAGAUGGUGUAAAGAGUAUUUUCCGACACUAAAUCAACGCAGUAAAUGGCACGAGGAAGGUAGAAGGCUAGAAGUAGGGGAUUUGGUUUUCAUCAUGGAUUAUGGGAAAGGCGAGACAGGAGUUCGAGGUAUAAUCGAAGAAGUCUUCACUGGACGCGAUGGGCGUGUGCGGCAAGCAAUAGUUAGGACGAAUAGAGGAGUCUUUAAGAGACCCGUAGCAAAGCUGGCGGUUCUCGAACUGGAUGAUAAACCUGGUGAAGCCAUCGGAGAGCAUGUAGAUCAGGGUUUAUGGGCUGGGGAGUGUUCGAACCAACAGGAUUGA